AUGUUGAUUCCGGCCAUAGUUGAUCUGUUCAAGCAUAAGUUUGUGGGUGGUAUAAUUAUCUUAACAUGUUGUUCAGCUUUUGAUCGUUUGAACUUAGCUAAAAGUUUUUCACUUUACGGAAUGACGGUAGCGUUCUCCUGCAACUCUUCGAUACUAGAACGCAUUCACGAAGAGCCCUACAAUGGCGUGUUGUAUAUUCCAUCACCUCAUAAUUCUCUAAAAGAGGUCCGUUUGAAACACUCCUCUCACUGGUACAAAUGGCUGCUAAUAAAUGAAAUACCCGAAUACAUCAAAAGCUGCCGAUACGACGCAGACAUAGUUUUGUUACGCACUGAAAAUGGGAAUGGAGAAGUUUCGAACGCUCCGAAAACAUUAGUAUUCUUUGACGAUUUAUACGUACACCCGCGUGAUGGUCCGUCUCUCCAUACUUGGGCGUAUUGGAGCGAGCCUUUUGGAUUGCAACUACUUCAUGAACGUGAGAGAGUUUUGCGGCGAUUUGACUUCAAAAAAUACCCUUUGAAAAUCGCUACUCCGAUGGGCUACUUUUCGGAGGAUUGGUACAAUGGCAGCUUCGGUGAUUACUUGGCGGAUAUGACAGUUGCGAGGGAACGUGAUGCCGGCAUUCGCUGCACGUACGCUUCGUCGGUACUUCUGACCGAGGCACUCAACGCCGAACACAUCCUAGUGCCGACAAGGUUGUGGAGCACCGAAAUUAAUAAUAGCAGCAUGCUCCUCAUGUUGAAGUACGGUACAGCGGACCUCGCAGGCGCAGUGUUGAGAAUGCUACCGGAACGUAUAAAAUACUUGGACUACGCCUUAGGAAUCUGGCACUUUCAGGUCGGAUUCUCCUAUGUGUCGGAGCGCGAGAGUAGCAGCAAUCUGUUCGUUCAGCCCUUCGCCCCAGGAGUGUGGUGGACGUGCAUCGGAUUUGUUAUCAUCAUGGCUUUGGCACAGAGGAUUACAGCUAAGAAGCCGGUCGAAAAAGAAGGUGCUUUCAUGGCCGUGCUGGCAACUUACUUGCAACAAGAUGCCAGUGCGGUUCCGGCGGGGAUGUCCGGCCGCGGACGCAGCGGCCCGGACUCCCUCCGCGCGCUGGCGGACUCCAGAUACGCGAUAGCGUCCGAAGAUUACGAUUACAUGCGAUAUCUGAUGUUUGAUGUCGAAACUAACUGGGCGGAUUUGGAGUAUUUGAAGAGGAAAAAAAAGACGUCCCUCUUCUACGUCAGCCUUGAACGGGGUAUUGAGCUCCUCAGGUCAGGGGACGCGGCUUUCCACACAGAGUACAACCAUUUGUAUCCCAAUUUGAGGACAUUUACCGACGACCAGCUGUGCAAAUUGCAACAAGUGGACACAAUACCUAAGAUCUUGUCGUGGACGACGACGACUCGCCGUGGACAAUGGAUCGACUUCCUCCGGUCCAAGGGGGCUUGGCUCUACGAAACGGGGCUCGCUCGACAGCUGCUCUCGCGCUUCAAGAUACCCGCGCCCCCAUGCAGGUCCGCUUUGUUGGCUGAAAGGGUCAACUUCGGGGACAUCCUUCCAGCUCUACAGCUAUCGGCCGUCGGUGUACUACUGUCCUUAAUGAUACUUGUCAUAGAGGCUAUUUUCGCUAAGCUGCAGAGGCGCAAUUUGCCAGUGUUGAAG